AUAAAAAGCAAUUCCAUGACCGUCGGGAAAUACACCGUCGUUAACCCUAACGAAGCUCACCCUUCACCUCAAUCUCACAAGAUCUCAAUCAGAGUGACAUCGAGUUACGGGAACACGUAUCAUCACGCGGAAGAUGUUCAAACUGGAGAAUUCGCGUUUACGGCGGUGGAAGCUGGAGAUUACAUGGCGUGUUUCACUGCUGUUGAUCAUAAACCUGAGGUUACAUUGAGUAUUGAUUUCGAUUGGAGAACUGGUGUU